AUGUGGCGCUUCGACUCCGUCUUCGCCUACGGAUUCGACCAGGUCUUCGAACAGUUCCUGCGCUACUACCCGGACCUCGACGAGCGCGACGCCCUGUACAAGGCCUGCGUCGAAUCCGUGCGCCUCGAUUAUAACACCAUCCGCAGCAACGCCGCCGCCGUGGGCGACUGGCUCGAGGGCAAGUCGGAGAAGGACGUGCUUGACGCCCUCGCCGCUGCCCCCGAGGGCGCCUCCGCUGCCGAUGUAGGCCCCGUCAUCGAGGCCGUUGCCUACGUCCGCCACGCGGGGCCGUUCGACUGGUACUACUCGCGCAUGUUCGGCAUCGGCCUCAUCCAGGUCAUGGCCAAGGUCGGCGUCGACCUGUCCAUUACCAAUGCGGAGGCCUGGGCGGAUGCAAUGAAGAUGGAGAAGAGCAAGUUUGCAGCCGAGAUGGGCGCCUACUUGUCCUCCAUGGAGAGGCUCAAGCAGGCAGAGCAGAUCUUCGCAGAGUCCACGGCCAGGGAGGCCAAGAAGACCGCUGAGAGGCUCGCCGCUAGAGCACAGGCCGCAGCGAAGGAGGCCGACCAACUGGAAAAGGAGGAUGAGCUCGAGGUUGAGGCACCAACUACGUCAGUUUGA